AGAGGCUGGAAACACUGCCGAACCACGCGUAAGAGAGAGAGAGAGAGAGAGAGAGACAGAGAGAGGGAGCAGGAGGGGAGCCAGAGAGAAGAGAAAAAAGUCAAGAGGAGAGAGGAGGAAGAGGAGAGGAGAGGGAAGAAAGCCACAACGGUAGGCUGUCCCACUCGACUGCUGUGCCGGGAUGACGUCAGAGGUCAUGUGACCCAGGCUUCUCCA